AGAGAGAAACUCCACCUUUUGCUAUUUAAUAAUCAAACCCUCAACUCUCAACAAAGAACACCAAAUUCAAUUCCCUCCGCCGUCUUCUUCCUCUUCCUCCGCCACUCCGCCGGCGACGAUGCAGCCCUGUAGCAGAGAAAUGCAAAGCCUCAACUCUCUUUUAAACAACUCUCAAAUCUCCCUUCAGGAUCUCCACGGCGACGAACACCAUCUGAAUCCGCCGUCGGAGCAGAUUCCGGGGUCUCAGCUCCACCAUUUCGAUCCGGUAGCCGCCGCCUCUCACGAUGACUUCCUCGAGCAAAUGCUCCAUACAAUCCCAUCCUGUUCGUGGCCGGACCUCAACCCUUCAAACCCUAAAUCCCCGUGGGACAUUAACCCCAUCAAUAAGCCAUCCAGAGAUAUCUCCGACACCUCUCCCGCUGCCAAGGCUGUCGUCAUGCUCCAGCAACAGCUUCUAUUGUCCAGAGGCAUAUCCUCUGUCGCCGAUCAUGGCCUCCCCCCUAUGCCUCUCUCCCUUAGUAAUGCCGAUUUGGACCGCUCCCACAACGAUAUCGUCGACAGAUCCUGCUUCCGGCCACCAAACUCGGGAGGUGGUAUUCAAUCGCAUAGUUUCGGAGCUCAAGGAAAUAUGAUGAAUCAAGCUCCGGACGGUGGGUCCGGCGGGAUUUCUCCAUCUCAGCCGAAACAGAAAGUCAGAGCUCGCAGGGGCCAAGCCACUGACCCCCACAGUAUCGCGGAAAGGCUUCGAAGAGAGAGAAUUGCAGAGAGAAUGAAAGCCCUGCAAGAACUCGUUCCCAACGCAAACAAGACAGAUAAGGCUUCAAUGCUGGAUGAGAUCAUCGACUACGUUAAAUUCCUGCAGCUCCAAGUCAAGGUUCUGAGCAUGAGCCGGUUAGGGGGUGCAGCUGCGGUUGCUCCUCUCGUUGCUGACGUGUCCGAUGAGGUCAGCUCUCUCAAAGGUGGUGGUGAGUGUAUGCAAGGUGGGCGGAGUUCAAACGGCAGCGGAGGAAACCAAACGGCGUCAUCAAACGACAGUGUGACAGUGACGGAGCAGCAGGUGGCGAGGCUGAUGGAGAAGGAUAUGGGAUCGGCGAUGCAGUAUUUGCAAGGGAAAGGACUCUGUCUUAUGCCGAUAUCACUGGCAACAGCAAUUUCGACGUCCACGUGUCCCUCGAGGAAUCCGAUUAUCAACGGCAGCGGCGGGCAUCCAGUGAUGGGAUCAAACGGCGAAGGGCCGUCGUCGCCGAGCAUGUCGGUGUUAACAGUGCAGUCGACGAGCAUGGGAAACGGAUCCGUCAAGGACGCGGCCUCCGAUUGACCUUUUUUUAUGUUUUUGUUUGAUAAGAAAGCAGUCAACUACUAUACAAGUCUUCAAUGAAAAAUAAGGCAUCUUUCACAAUUCGGCGCCGUAUUUUUUGUGGGUUUCUGUGGGGUGGCCUUAAAAAGCAAAGGCAAAGCCGAAGGCAAAGGCAAAGGCACUUCCUUCUGA